AUGGGGAGGAGUUCUGCUGCACUGCACACGGACGGGUUUGUGUCGAUUGCCGGGCGGGCGAGCGUGCUGGGCCCCGCGUGGGUCGGGAUGUACGCUACUGGGGAGCCUCCAGCGGCGACGGUGCCCUUCGAGAAGUCACACUUCGAGCGUGCAAUGCUGUACUUGUUCCGGGAACCGAACAUCAACUCGACGGCGAUCCUGCGGGCCGAUAUCUUGAGCGAGAGGGAUUAUGGUGAGGAGGGCGGAUCUGAAGUGAGGGAAGACCCCCCCGCGGAGGUCCCUGCGGUGCAGGACCCGGAUGUCAAGUUGGUUAAUGUAGAUGAUACAAAGCUCAAAGAGGUCAAUGUUGCUCCAGAGUUGCAGUUCCGCAACAAGAUUGAGAUUGUGCGCAGGAUUAUACCGAGAAACCCGUACAAGGAUGCGCUGAUCAACCAGACUUGUUUGAUUCUCAAUAGCAGUGAACACCCAGGUUCUUCGCUGGUGGUAUACACGCCGCACUUGUCCUCCAGCGAGCAGUGUCCCUUCUAUAUCCCGCACACGCUGGCGGUGGGGAUUCUGCUGCACGAGGGAGUGCUGUCAGUGCAUUACAUACCGUUCGACACGGAGGCAGACCGGGUGCUGCUCAAGGACGAGGCCAACCGUGUGGUGCGUACGGCGUACAGGCUUCUGCAGACAUCAUUCAAGCACUCGAGGGGCGUGCAACAGGGGUACGAGAAGAAAGUGAACCACGACCAAGUCGUCGACAAAGUAAAGUUCCAGGACCGGUACACGAAUCUAAAGAAACGCCACUCCAAAUUUCUUGUAGAGAACUGGGUAGAGUCCACGGAUCCGAAGAAACACGUCUUCGAAGAUAUUGGGAUCGCUGCGUUCCUCAUCGAGUUCUGGAUUAGCACGUACGGCGAUAACUUCAAAGAUACAGUCCAGUUCAGGGACAUCGGGUGCGGCAAUGGUGUCCUAGUUUACAUCCUGAUCAGCGAGGGGAUCAAGGGCCAUGGCAUCGACGCGAGACACCGGAAAUCGUGGNAGAUUUACCCACAGGAGGUGAAGAACUGUCUCAAGGAGAAAGUGAUCGUGCCCUCCGUCUUGCUCAGACCACACCCUGAAGUACGGAAACGCAUGCCACAGUUGCAGCACAACGGCGGCAUGUUCCCCGUGAAGGUUGCGCACGAGGUAAUCGCACCGGCGACGAUUGUGUACUCGAGCGAGGACCUUCUAAGGUCCCCACAGGUCGACACCGCGGAGUACCCGGAGAACACAUUCAUCAUCGGGAACCACUCGGACGAGAUGACUUGCUGGAUCCCGCUAUUGGGGUUUCCCUUCGUCGUGAUCCCCUGCUGCUCGCACAACCUGGCGGGUGAAAGGGUGCGCUACUACAACAAGUCGAAGCGGGACAUGGCAAAAGUCAAGAACAGCACGUACGCGGGGCUCGUCGCUCACGUGGAGGAACUGGCCAAGAGUGUUGGCUGGGACGUGCAGAAGGAGAUGCUCCGCAUUCCGAGUACGAGAAACACGGCGCUCAUCGGUGUCCACAACGAGAAGGCAAGCCAGUUCCCGACAAGGGAGGUCUACGAUGUGUUGCUCCAGGAGGGGGGCGCAAACGGCUGGAUCCAGAACACAAUGGCAUUGAUGAAGAGGGUACCGAGGUCGCACUAG